AUGAAGCCAUCUACGGCUCUUGGUGCCAUCGCACUCCCGUUCUGCCAUGCCCUCAGUCUGGGCGGCCGGCCCUACCAAGUCAUCCAUGAGGUGGACAGGCGUUCUGGCGCCCUCCAGGACUUUGUUACCUGGGAUGAGCACUCGCUCUUUGUCCACGGCGAACGCGCCAUGAUGUUCUCGGGCGAGGUCCAUCCGUUCCGCCUCCCCGUGCCGUCGCUGUACUUGGAUGUCUUUGAGAAGGUCAAGGCGCUCGGCUUCAACAUGGUUUCGUUCUAUGUCGACUGGGCGCUGCUCGAGGGAAAGCCGGGCGAGUUUCGCGCGGACGGCAUCUUCGCUCUGGAGCCGUUCUUUGAAGCGGCCUCCGAGGCGGGCGUAUAUUUGCUGGCGAGGCCGGGUCCGUAUAUUAACGCAGAGGUUAGCGGAGGGGGGUUUCCGGGAUAUUUGCAGCAGUUGGAGGGGAUUCUGAGGUCUCAGGCGCCCGACUUUUUGAAUUCGACGGACAACUACAUGGCCCAUGUGUGUGAUAUAAUCGCCAAGCACCAAAUCACAAAGGGCGGCCCCGUCGUUCUCUUCCAGCCCGAGAACGAAUAUUCUUCGGGACACAACAUCCCCUUUCCCAACGGGCAGUAUAUGCAGUACGUCAUCAACCAGGCCAGGAGCGCGGGCAUUUCGGUCCCCAUGAUCAACAACGACGUUGGGCCCGCGGGGAACUAUGCUCCUGGCAAGGGCGUCGGAAGCAUGGAUAUUUAUGGACACGACAGCUACCCCCUAGGAUUCGAUUGCGGCAAUCCUACCGUCUGGCCGCCGAACGGUCUUCCGACGAGCUUUCACCAACUCCACGAGAGGCAGAGCCCGAAGAGCCCGUACUCCAUCAUCGAGUUUCAAGGUGGCGCGUUUGACCCUUGGGGCGGCUGGGGAUUCGAAAAGUGCGCCGCCCUCGUCAACCACGAAUUCGCACGCGUCUUUUACAAGAACAACCUGGCGGCCGGUGUGUCGAUUUUCAAUAUUUACAUGAUCUACGGCGGAACAAACUGGGGUAAUCUCGGCCACCCAGGCGGCUAUACGUCCUACGAUUACGGUGCCUGCAUCCGAGAAAACAGAGUCAUAGACCGUGAGAAGUAUUCCGAGGUCAAGCUCGAAGCCCAAUUCAUCAAAGUAUCGCCUGGCUACAUCACCGCCUCCGUUGGCCUCGCAUCAACCACGGCAUACUCCAACAACCCGGGCAUCACCAUCACGCCAUUGACGUCUAACAAGACGGGGAACUUCUUCGUCGCUCGUCAGACAGACUACACCGCCACGGGCAGCGUCUCCUACACCGUCACCCUGCCUACCAGCAAUGGGAUCCUCACCAUCCCCCAGCGCGGAGGAAGCUUGUCCCUGCACGGGCGGGAUUCCAAGAUUCAUUUGACGGAUUAUCCUGUGGGCGACUACGUUUUACUGUAUACCACUGCCGAGGUAUUCACCUGGAAGAAGUACGCUGAUAAGACAGUUUUGGUGUUGUACGGCGGCCCAGAUGAAUUGCAUGAGUUUGCGGUAAACUCUCCCUCAGCGACACGGAUCCUGCAUGUUGAGGGGAGCAGUAUCUCGUCCCACGAGCAGGCUUCAUCGACUAUUGUCGUGCAGUGGACGACGUCGCCAGAGAGGCAGUAUAUUCAGGUUGGCAACUUGGCCAUCUACCUCGUUGGUACGCCGACACCUAUCACGAACCUCUACAUGACACCAAAACUGCAGUUCCAUCCUCUAACCACAGAAACAGAUCGCAACUCGGCGUACAACUACUGGGUCCCCGUCCUUCCGGGCUCCAAAUCAUCCCCAUACGGCACAUCCCUCAUGAAUCCAGACGCUGCCAUCAUCAACGGGGGCUACCUCAUCCGCUCCGCCUCCAUCAACGGCAACACGCUCUCCCUCCGCGCCGACUUCAACGGGUCGACGACCCUGGAAGUCGUCGGCAUCCCCGACGGCGUCACCAAGCUCUCCGUCAACGGCCGGCCGCUCAAACACACCACCUCCCCAACAGGAACGUGGCUCGCCCAGCCGGACAUCACCAUCCCAACCGUCCAACUCCCCUCCCUCGCCGACCUGACCUGGCACACCAUCGACUCCCUGCCCGAAAUUCACCCCCAGUACGACGACUCCCUCUGGCGCACCGCCUCCCAAAGCCCAGGCAACAACAGGCCGCAAGCGCACCACAAAACCUCCAACGAGACCCUAUUCGCAGCGCCCCCGCGCGCAUCUCUCUACGGCUCAGACUACGGCUUCAACACGGGCACCCUCCUCUUCAGAGGCCACUUCACCGCCUCGGGGAGGGAGUCCCUCUUCAGGGCAUGGACGUCGGGCGGCACCGCAUACGCCAGCUCCGCAUGGCUCAACGACCGCUUCCUCGGGUCCUUCAAGGGCAACUCCGCCGCCGAGAACCAAAACUCGACGUACGCCCUGCCCAGCCUGACCGCCGGCGAGCAGUACGUCGUCACGGUGGUGGUCGACACCAUGGGGUUCAACGAGAACUUCAACCCGGGAUACGAGGACAUGAAGGCGCCGCGCGGCAUCCUCGACUACGCGCUCUCGUCGCCCGACGUCGCGCCCACCGCCGUGGCGUGGAAAAUCACCGGCAACCUCGGCGGCCACGACUACGCAGACUCGUUCCGCGGGCCGCUCAACGAGGGGGGGCUCUUCUUCGAGCGCCAGGGCUACCACUACCCCCGGCCGCCCGUGGACGACGCCCCCUUCGCCCCGGGCUCGCCGUUUGACGGCGCCGACGGCGCCGGCGUCGCCUACUACGCCGCCCGGAUGCCGCUCGACCUGCCGGCCGACGCGUACGACAUCCCGCUGUCGUUUGUGUUUGCCAACGCCUCCCGGGGCGGGGGGGACUACAGGGCGCUGCUGUACAUCAACGGGUUCCAGUUCGGCAAGUAUCUCAGCAACAUCGGCCCGCAGACCGAGUUCCCCGUGCCCGAGGGCGUCCUCGACUACGGGGGCGACAACUGGGUCGGGCUGGCGGUGUGGUCGUUGGACAGCACCGGCGCGAGGGUGCCCGGGUUGGCGCUGAGGGCCGGGACGCCCGUCCAGUCUUCGCGGAACAAGGUCCGUCUCGUCACGGGGCCGGCUUAUUCCAAGCGUCCUGAAGCGUACUAG